AUGGUCAGAACAUCUGACAAUUGCUGGAAAGUCAAUUGGAAACCCAUCCUCUCAGUCACAGUCUCACAAUACAUGGUACAGUCUAGUGAAGCAGUCACAAGUGCUCGAGCCAUGGAUGAAGUGACUAUGAAGUGCCUGUGGGAUUUUGUCUGGGCAACACCAUGCAAGGAGUAUGGACCAACAUCUUGCAAGCGAAAAGCUGAGAAUCCAGCAGAGUGGGCAGGAUUCAUGAUCCACAGUAUGCUUCUGCUACUUUAUCUGGUUUCGAUGAUCUGUCUCCUGCACUAUGACAAGGCCCUGCAGAUUACUUGGGCAGAUAUCACAUUCCAAGUCAAGGAUAAACUCAAACUGCCAUUCAGAAAAACACAUCAAUACAGAGGGAUAGCACCAUUCUACAUAUAUGCUGACGAGCAAUGUCCAUGGAUGUGCUUGGUGCAAACAUUUGCAGUCUGGUGGAUGUUAGCGAGGGAGAGGUGCAAGAAUCUUGACGGGUUCAUUUUUCAGAAGAAAAUUGGUACAGACAGUGUUAGUGUCAAUCUGACUGAUGGUAUGACUUCCAAUGCAUUCCUCAAAUGUUUCCAUAACAAGCUCCUGGAUAUUGGCGUGGACCUGCAUCCUUAUGGGACUCACUCCUUCCGACGAGGUGGAUGUCAAUUCUUAUACAAGGUAUGCAGAUGGGACAUCAGGGACAUCUGUGAUUGGGGAGGAUGGGCUGAAAACUUUGACAAUCCAGGUAUAAUAUUCAAGUACCUGCCAUCAUGGAAUAACAAUCCUUGGGAGAAGCCAAUGAAGGACCCUUGCCAUGCUUGUGGUAGAACCUGUCAUUGA